UUUCAAUGUCAAUUUUUCAUUCAAUUUCAUCAUUUUUUGGUGAUAAUUGAAAUUGACACGUCAUGGCGAUGAACGUUUUGAACAGCAGUCUGGAGAAUGCCUCCUUCAACAUUAUUUUUCAGAUUUUCUGUCGACUUCUCACAUUUGUCCUGAAUGUAUUUGUUGUGAGGAACGUGGGAGAAGCUGUCCUGGGGGUCAUGAACGUCAGAUUAUUGUUGCUUGAAUCAACAAUACUUUUUUUAUCCAGAGAACCAUUUUUCAAAGCCUGUCUCACUAAUGCUGCUGAACAUAAUUGGGCGCAAGUCGUUAAUUUACUCUGGCUAACGAUUCCAAUUUCUUCAGUAAUUUCUUUCAUAUUCGGGUACAUCUGGUUGUACAUCCUGGCGACAUCGGAGACUCUACCAGACUACUACACAUUUGCAGUGAUUUCUGUAGCUAUUUCUUGUGUGAUUCAUUUACUAUCCCUAGUGGCUCAACUGGUCUCCUCAGCCUUUCUCUUCAAUCGAUUCAAAGUUGUAAUCGAGGCGUCAGCUAUCGUCUUCAGGACUUUUCUUUUCGUCCCAAUAGUUCUUCAUCGGCCAGAAAAUGCACUUCUAGCCUUCGGAGUGGCCCAAUUGGCUUACGUUAUGUUCUAUUCUCUAGCUCAUUACAUUUAUUUCCAUUGGUACAUUCAACGGCUGAACGAUCAGAGAAUUAGACUCAAGAAAACCGACUCUUCAGACAGUGACGAAUUGACAGAUAACAAGAACGAAGGAAUGGCUGAUUUUCCAUUUAAUUCCAUCAGAGAUUUUCUUCCCGGGCAAUUGAAAAAUAAUGAUUCGAGGUUUGAUAACAAAUUAACAGUUCUCACUUGGAGUUUCUUUCGUCAAGGAAUUUUGAAGCAAAUUCUAACAGAAGGCGAGCGCAUCAUCAUGACUGUCUUCCCAGUGAUCACAUUGGCAGAACAGGGAACGUAUGAUGUUGUGAAUAAUUUGGGAUCAUUAGCAGCGAGAUUCAUCUUUCGUCCGAUCGAGGAAAGUGGAUACUUUUACUUCACGCAGGUUGUCAAGAGAGACGAGAAGAUUAAUCAGCAGAAUCCUGUGAAAGUACGAGAGAGUGUAGACGUUCUCAAGCACCUCUGCUCUGUGGUAACAUCCAUUGGUCUGAUAGUCCUGGUGUUCGGUCAGGCUUAUUCAUCGACACUUUUGUGGAUCUAUGGAGGCACUAAAUUCACAGCUCAUCUUCCUGUUCACUUGAUGCAAGCGCACUGCCUUGCAGUUCUGCUUUUAGCGAUCAAUGGUGUUACCGAGUGUUACACUAAUGCAACAGCAGACAGUGCUACCAUCAACAAGACCAAUAUCAUCAUGAUUUAUGAGUCAAUAGUAUUCUUGGUGGCUUCUUAUGUGUUGACAUCGUGGCUGGGGCCAGUCGGUUUCAUAUUCGCUAAUUGUUUGAAUAUGGGAUCCAGGAUCUAUCAUUCGGUUGUGUUCAUCAAUGGAAGACAUGCUGGAACGAAUUAUAGGCCGUUAGGAGGACUCGUGCCUAAGUUAUUUUUCAUCGUCAGUUUGACGGUAUCUGCUGUCGUCACUGGUUUAUCUUAUAUAAUCUUUUUCCCCGAGCAGAAAUUUGUGCACUUCGUCAUCGGAGUUUUUAUGUUUGCCAUUGUUUCGCUCUCAUGGAUUUAUGAAAAUCGAGAACUAGUUCAACUUGGCAUUGACAAGUGGAGGGAGAGGAGACGUCGGCCAGCGGAAGUUAAAAUAGACUGACGAAAUAAUUGUUGAUGCAAUAUUUAUUUUGUGAAUCGAUAUUUUGUUGAAGUAUAUCGUUUUUCUUUUUACAUCCAUUCUGGAAGUAUGUUGGAAGGAUCAAGAGUGUGUUAUCCUGGGUUUUCCCCGAAACUUGUAGUCAAUAUUCAUUCGAAUUUAUAUUUGCAGUUAAAGUGGGAGAGGGUAAUACAUUUUCAAGUGAAUAGAAAUAUAAGCUUUCUUCACUAUUUUAUUUUAUACCCACAGCAACUGAAAUAGCAAAUCGGCAAAUUUUUUGUGUUGUUGCAAGGAAAAAAUCAUAAAAUGACGCGAAUACUCAUGUUUUUUUUCAGCUUUAGAACAGAAAAAAAAAACCAAAUGAUUAAUCGGAGAUAUUUAUCUCAGUUGUUAAUACAGAUGUGUAAAUAUCCGGGUGGCAAAGAAAGAAAUUAAUUAAAAUAAACUUCAGGAUUAAUUAUGAACAGCUUCUCUCAUAUAAAUAGAGUUUCUCCGUUGGGUGAUCAUCAUUCGCAUUCGAAUUCAUCGGUUCUGUCAUCAGACAAUUGAAUCCUCUCAUCAUGAAGUAUCUUUCUAUCUUUUUGGUCAUUACUAUGAUCCUCGCAGCUGUUAGUGGUCAACGUUGCAAGGGACGAGGACUGAGAUGCAAUUCAAAUCGCGAGUGCUGUGCACGCAUCUGCAAUGCCUGGAGGCGAAGAUGUUCAUAGGGAGAUAUCGACUAGAUCAUCUCGAUACCGUGGAAAUACUUGAAAACUGCCUGUCUUUAGGGUCUUGUCGAUCUCAACUGCAUUAUUAUUAUCUGCAAAUAUUUUGUAUUGAUUAAUUAUUGAUAAAUACAAGGGAAAACUAUUCAGACAAA